AUGAAGCAUCUUUGGACUAUUACACCUCUGAUCAGUGUUUCUGGACAGGGAGAACUAUCCAGACUCAAGUCACCUACACACCUUCUCUAUCCAAGAACAACCUCAACAACCAACACCAUGUGUGGCUACUACGGAAACUAUUAUGGAGGCCGAGGCUAUGGCUGCUGUGGCUACAGAGGCCUGGGCUAUGGCUAUGGAGGCCUGGGCUACGGCUAUGGCUCUGGUUAUGGUUGUGGCUAUGGCAGACUGGGCUGUGGCUAUGGCUACGGCUCUAGCUCUCUCCAUGGCUGUGGCUAUGGAUGUGGCUCUGGCUAUGGCUCAGGUUUUGGCUACUACUAUUAA